AUGGCGAACAAUAAAUCAAUAAUAUCUGUUCAAACCAAUAUACAAACUAAUACUAAACAUAUAUCAAACUUUUCCAAGGAUGCAGUUGCAAAUCGACGUAUUAACAUGCAAAGAAUGCAAAAUAUCAUCUCAAUCAGCUUUGUGGCAUCGAACAAAAAGUUGGAUCAAUUAGAUCCAUCAUUUAUGUAUACUCAGAUCUUGAAAGAGACCCUAUUAACCAUCAACUUCGAAGACAAACAUAUUAAACAAUUUAUUACUUAUUGUCGUAAAGCAUUUACCAAAAAAGGUUAUAAUUUACAUAAUAUUGAAAAACUGGAACGUGAUUAUCAUAAUCGAACACCUAUUUGGUGGUAUACUUCUGAAUGCUUUUUACAUUCUAUGCUCAAUCAAGCAUUAAGAUCAAUGGAUGUUGAUAUUAUUGUUCGAAUGGGUUUCUUUAUUAAUGAUCUACAUCGUGAUAUUCAACGACUCCAUUCGGAACAAUUUCUUGGUCAACAAUCUGUUGAAACAUUUACAGUUUAUCGUGGACAACGUCUUUCAAAGGAAGAUUUUACCAAAAUGAAAAAUGCUGAAGGUGGACUUCUUUCAUUUAAUAACUUUCUAUCAACUAGUAGAAAACGCGAUGUUUCUUUCUUCUUCGCACCACAAGAUGCAAUAGAACCUGAUAUUGUUGGAAUUUUAUUUGUUAUAUCAGUUAAUCCUUCUCAUUCAACAACUCCAUUUGCUUCUGUUGGUGAUGCUAGUUAUUUUCAUACAGAAGAUGAAGUUCUCUUCUCUAUGCAUACUAUUUUUCGUAUUGAAGAUAUUCAACCGAUAGAUGGAAGUACUUAUGUUUAUCAAGUGAAUUUAACAUUGACCAGUGAUAACGAUCAAGAUCUUCGCAAUCUUACUGAUCAUAUACGACAAAAGACCUUUUCAAAUUCGACAGGAUGGUACGGAUUAGGUGAAUUGCUAAUAUAUAUGAGUCGGUUUAAUAAGGCUCAAGAAGUUUAUGAAGAUUUACUUUAUCAAACAACGAAUAAAAGUGACAAGGCACCUAUUUAUCAUCAACUAGGUCGAAUCAAACGUAAUCAAGGAGAAUAUCAAAAAGCACUUUUUUAUUAUGAGGAGGGUCUUGAAAUUCAACAACAACAAUCUCUUCCUUCCAAUCAUCGUAGUUUUGGUAGUUUCUAUAACAACAUCGGUAAUGUACAUUACUGCAGAGGUGAUUAUCCAAAAGCACUUUUUUAUUAUGAGGAGGGUCUUAAAAUUCAUCAACAAUCAAUUCCUUCUAAUUACUCUGAUUUGGGUGAUUCCUAUAACAACAUCGGUAAUGUGUAUCACAGAAUGGGUGAUCAUUCAAAUGCACUUUCUUAUCAUGAAAAAUCCCUUGCAAUCAAACAACAAUCACUUCCUUCCAAUCAUCCUGAAAUAGGUGGUUCGUAUAACAACAUCGGUAAUGUGUAUUAUAACAUGGGUGAUUAUUCAGAAGCUCAUUCACUCUAUGAAUGUGCUGUACAAAUUUGGCAAAAAUCAUUACCAUCAAACCAUCUAACUCUUCAACAACGAAGAAACACUCUCAAACGCUUGGAAAAGAAAUUAUAA